UCUGUCCGUAGAUGCUGCUGCUGAAACUGAGCUAGAGUUGGGGAUUAUUGCACAAGUCAGAGUGCUGGCUGGUGGCGAGUGGGUGGCUUUUCACCCACACUCAGUACUUUUCAUCUCUCGCUCUUCUUUCAUAUACUGUUGCUUUCUUAUUGAGUGACACGCGGACUAUGAAAAAUAUGACUUUCCGACGCGUAAAGAAGCUGAACUCAAACAAGCCGGACAGCGGGUCGCUGUGUCACGACAGUGGGGAGAUCUACUUUACGUCUUCCAAAUCGGACAGCUGUGGGACUGUGGAUCGUGGACCCUCAAACUCCACUGAGGUUUAUAAUUAUAAGACCCUCGCUUACUCUGGAGGGACCCUACCAAGGAAUUUCAAAAAGAAUGGUGGGCUGCAAAAGUGGAAGCCCCUUUCACACUCUCCAGAACCACAAAGGAAAACAGUGAUCCUGAUGAAGAAAGAGGAGGAUGCCUUUGGCUUUGAGAUCCAGACAUAUGGGCUGCAUCACCAGAGUGAGAACUCAGUGGAGAUGUGCACCUUUGUUUGCAAAGUCCACGAAGACAGUCCUGCCCAACUUGCAGGCCUUAAAGUCGGAGACACGAUUGCCAGCGUGAAUGACACUUCUGUGGAAGGCUUUCGCCAUAAAGAAAUCGUCCAGCUCAUUAAAUCAUCAGGCAACAGCAUUAGGCUAGAAACCGUCUAUAGUGACUCAAUACGAAAAGCAGAAUUGGAAGCCCGACUGCAGUAUCUAAAGCAAACCUUGCAUGAGAAAUGGGAUGAAUACAGAUCUCUAAUGGUGCAGGAGCAGCGGCUUGUGCAUGGCAUCGUCAUGAGUGAUGUGGCUGUGUAUGAGUCUCUGGAGUCAGCCGGUUUAUACGGUAGUCUGGGAGCUCCGAGCCCCGCGGCCAUGCGCGCGUUAUGUGGCACCGGGAGCACGAGCAGCAGCAUCAGCCAUCUUAGUGCCGCCACAACUGAGGAUGACCCACUCUACCAAACCUGCAUCUUCCAGGGGGAGCGUUCCAACAACGCCAGCAACGACGAGCUCGACUCAAACCAAGAGAAGACUCAAAGCGGCCGUCCACGCCUCAUCCGACCCGCCAGCGAGCUCUUCGUUACUGCCAAGACCACCUUGACCCGCAGCGCCAGCACACGCAGUUACCUGAGGGGCCCGCCGUCGUCAUCCUCGGUGCCUAACGGAGAGAAACAGCAGUGCGGAGGGUUCAGCACACUGCAGCGCAAACCCAAACAGAAGAGCUUCAGGCGGAGGCUGUUGAAGUUCAUUCCCGGACUAAACCGACCCCUGGAAGAGGAGGAAAGCAAACUGUGAGAAACAAAAGCGAACUGAGAAUUCAAAGACUCCCUUAGCCAAAGACUAAAUGUUUAAAAUGAGCGAAAAGGAAACUGAAGACCAAAAGUGGACGCCAAGAUAAACCAAAGAAUCCAGUGAUGAUAAAACGGUGUUUUCAUCUUGUUUUCUGAGAAAAACUGAGAGCCUGUUUGGUCAAGUUGGUCAUAAUUUUAAGUGUGCCAAAAGCAUCUGAAUACAAAACAUUAGCUAAAGAUUGGUUGGGCAACUUAAAUAUUAGUUUUAGACUUGAAGUAUUCAGAUUAGUCUAAAAUGCCGAAAGUAGAUGUGGAUGUCUGUUUGUCGCUGGAAUAUUGUUUAAAAUUCUGUAACAAAUAAUAUAACAUUUAACAAGACCCAAAAAUGUGGACCAGUGUGUCUUAUUCACUUUGUCAACUCCUUUAACUAGUUUGUUAACAUUGUCUAACUUUAUUUCCUGGUGCACAUUUUGCACCUAAAUCAAGAAG